AUGAUACCGGUGUUGCUAUUUCGUUAUGAAGAUAUUCUUAACUUCACGAGACUUCCUUCGUAUGAUGAAUUUGACAAGGGAUAUGCAUCUAACUACAGCUCUAACAGCUUGAACUGGGACAAUUAUUUUUUGAAAAAUUCAGUAAAUUUUGAAGAAAACAAGUUCAUAUUGGAUUUGUAUGAAGGGUACAAUGAAAUUGAUGAACUGCGACUCUAUAAUGGGUUUUUAGUUGCAUCAAAAGAGAGUAUUAAUUAUGAAGCAGUACUACCAGUAUUUGAUUCUGGGAUGUAUUGUGUUUAUAUCGCUCCACCUAUUGACAAAGAUAUUCAGAUAAUGAGCGCACCUGUGUCGAUACGAUAUUCAAGACUAUAUUCAACUAACAUGUUGUAUGCUCAUUACUGCGAAACAAAAUAUAUUAUUGGUGUUGGACUAUUGCUAUUAGCAUACUUAGUACAUAAUACUUUAAGAUUUACUAAGGGAAGACAGUUGAGCGUUGAGAAUAUGCCAAUUAUUUCAAAGGCAGUCAUAUUCUAUCUUUUGGUACCAUUAUUAUCAUUCAUUUCCCUUGAGUGGUUAAUUAUAUUCAUAGAGAUUCAUUGCAAUUUAAAUAGCCGCAAAAUACGCUUCUUUGAAUACUUCCGUCUAACAAAUGAAUGGGCUCAACUUCAUUGGAAGAUCUUGCUUCGGUUUUAUGUCUUGCUCUUUACUAUGGGAUAUGGAGUAAUCUAUUAUCGUAGUGGAGCUUCAAGGACAUUCAAUAAAAUGCCGAAGAGGCCUACUAAUAUUGCCUUGUCACUUUUUAUUUCCAAUAUCAUUUUGAGCAACGUUGACACAGCAUACAAUAAGUAUGACACUUAUUUAAUGGCGUACGACUGUUUGGCAUUAUAUGAAGAUACUAUCAGAUCUGUAUCUACCAUAUGUUCUUUUGGCUCAUUCAUCUUUCCUUUUAUUUGGUACUUGCUAUCAUUCAUCUAUUAUUUCAAAACAAGGAAUAUUAUUAGGAAAUUGCCACCUACGUCAACUACUACCGUAGGAGUUGAUGCUAAUACCAGAAUAAUGAAAGCAUUUAAACAAUCUAGUCUUGUCAUCUUCAUAUCGCCAUCAUUUUCGGGAUUGUUAUGGUUUAGCUCAGUUGCACUCAAGGCUGUCAAAGCCUUUUACACAGCAAUUAAUGCAUUUCGUUCAGAUUUGAACAUACAUGAGAAAUAUUCAAGUAGAGAAGCACUAAUACACCUGGUGAAAAUAUCGAACCAUAUGAUGCUGUUUACGGAAGAUAGUGUCAGAUCUAUGUUUGAAAACUGGCCAGGAGCUAUCAAGAUAUAUUUAACCAUUGGAUUGCUAUAUGUAAUUUGGAUUAGAAUUGAUAAUGCAUUACUCGUUGAGGAUGAAAAACAGGAUCUUAAGCAGUAG